UCGGGGCUUCCGAAUAUGUUUUAUGACGGUUGAUUUUACACCAGGAGGUUUGUCUCUGAGGAAGACCCAGGGAACUGGAUAUCUAGCGAGAACUUCCUCCGGCUUCCCCGGCGCCUCGGGAAAAUGGGAGCUGCUGCAAAGUUGGCGUUCGCCGUCUUUCUUAUCUCCUGCUCUUCAGGUGCUAUACUUGGUAGAUCAGAAACUCAGGAGUGUCUUUUCUUUAAUGCUAAUUGGGAAAGAGAUAGAACCAAUCAAACUGGUGUUGAGCCUUGUUAUGGUGACAAAGAUAAACGGCGACAUUGUUUUGCUACCUGGAAGAAUAUCUCUGGUUCCAUUGAAAUAGUGAAACAAGGUUGUUGGCUGGAUGACAUCAACUGCUAUGACAGGACUGAUUGUAUAGAAAAAAAAGACAGCCCUGAAGUGUACUUUUGUUGCUGUGAGGGCAAUAUGUGUAAUGAAAAGUUCUCUUAUUUUCCGGAGAUGGAAGUCACACAGCCCACUUCAAAUCCUGUUACACCGAAGCCACCCUAUUACAACAUCUUGCUGUACUCCUUGGUACCACUUAUGUUAAUUGCAGGGAUUGUCAUUUGUGCAUUUUGGGUGUAUAGACAUCACAAGAUGGCCUACCCUCCAGUACUUGUUCCUACUCAAGACCCAGGACCACCCCCACCUUCUCCAUUACUAGGUUUGAAGCCAUUGCAGCUGUUAGAAGUGAAAGCAAGGGGAAGAUUUGGUUGUGUCUGGAAAGCCCAGUUACUCAAUGAAUAUGUGGCUGUCAAAAUAUUUCCAAUACAGGACAAACAAUCCUGGCAGAAUGAAUAUGAAGUCUAUAGUUUACCUGGAAUGAAGCAUGAGAAUAUACUACAGUUCAUUGGUGCAGAAAAACGAGGCACCAGUGUUGAUGUGGACCUGUGGCUAAUCACAGCAUUUCAUGAAAAGGGUUCACUGUCAGACUUCCUCAAGGCUAAUGUGGUCUCUUGGAAUGAACUCUGUCAUAUCGCAGAAACCAUGGCUAGAGGAUUGGCAUAUUUACAUGAGGAUAUACCUGGCUUAAAAGAUGGCCACAAGCCUGCAAUAUCUCACAGGGACAUCAAAAGUAAGAAUGUGUUGUUGAAAAACAAUCUGACAGCUUGCAUCGCUGACUUUGGGUUGGCGUUAAAGUUUGAGGCUGGCAAAUCAGCAGGUGACACUCAUGGACAGGUUGGUACUCGGAGGUAUAUGGCUCCAGAGGUUUUAGAGGGCGCUAUAAACUUCCAAAGGGAUGCAUUUUUGAGGAUAGAUAUGUACGCCAUGGGAUUAGUCCUGUGGGAACUGGCUUCUCGAUGUACUGCUGCAGAUGGACCUGUAGAUGAAUACAUGUUACCAUUUGAGGAGGAAAUUGGCCAGCAUCCGUCUCUUGAAGAUAUGCAGGAAGUUGUUGUGCAUAAAAAAAAGAGGCCUGUUUUAAGAGAUUAUUGGCAGAAACAUGCAGGAAUGGCAAUGCUCUGUGAAACGAUAGAAGAAUGUUGGGAUCACGAUGCAGAAGCCAGGUUAUCAGCUGGAUGUGUAGGUGAAAGAAUUACCCAGAUGCAAAGACUAACAAAUAUCAUUACUACAGAGGACAUUGUAACAGUGGUCACAAUGGUGACAAACGUUGACUUUCCUCCCAAAGAAUCUAGUCUAUGAUGGUGGCACCAUCUGUACACACUGAGAAUUGGGACUCUGAACUGGAGCUGCUAAGCUAAGGAAACUGCUUAGUGUAUUUUCUGUGUGAAAUGAGUAGGAUGCCUCCGGGACAUGUACACAAGCAGCCCCUUGUGGAACGCAUGGCUCUGGGAGAUUUACUGCAUCGUCUGCAGCACAGAUACGAAGGGGAGUCUAAGGGAAAAGCUGCAAACUGUAAAGAACUUCUGAAAAAUGUACACGAAGAAUGUGGCCCUCUCCAAAUCAAGGAUCUUUUGGACCUGGCUAAUCAAGUAUUUGAAAACUGACAUCAGAUUUCUUAAUGUCUGUCAGAAGACACUAAUUCCUUAAAUGAACUACUGCUAUUUUUUUUAAAUCAAAAACUUUUCAUUUCAGAUUUUAAAAGGGUAACUUUUUAUUGCAUUUGCUGUUGUUUCUAUAAAUGACUAUUGUAAUGCCAACAUGACACAGCUUGUGAAUGUGUAGUGUGCUGCUGUUCUGUGUACAUAAAGUCAUCAAAGUGGGGUACAGUAAAGAGGCUUCCAAGCAUUACUUUAACCUCCCUCAACAAGGUAUACCUCAGUUCCACGGUUGCUAAAUUAUAAAAUUGAAAACACUAACAAAAUUUGAAUAAAUCAAUCCAUGUUUUAUAACAAGGUAUUACAAAUUCACUGUGUUAUUUAAGAAAAAAUGGUAAGCUAUGCUUAGUGCCAAUAGUAAGUGGCUAUUUGUAAAGCAGUGUUUUAGCUUUUCUUGUACUGGCUUGUAAUUUAGGGAAAACAAAGUACUGUUUUUGAAAUAGAAAAAAUAAUGGUGUCAUUUCCCCUCCUUCCCUUCAUCUUAUAUCCAGGUCCCAAAGUAUUGCAUACUUAAGUAGUACUUUUUUCUUUAAGGUGUGCUGUGUUUGGGAAAUAUUUGAAAACAUAAAGCAUGAUUUAAAAAAUUUUAAGUGAGCUGUGACACUGGAAAGCUCUUCAUUUUAUCUUUUAAAAAUAGAUUUUUUUUCCUAUUUAUAUAUGUAAAAUUGUGGUGUAUUUCUUCUUUUACCAAACAGUGUAUGGGAUAUUCUUAUCACUGUUUUAGGAUCACCUCAGGAAGUGUCAUUACUCAGAAUUCCUCACUCUGCUUUGAGACGUGUAACUAUCACUAUACUGUGUGGUGCCAUCUUGUCAAGUGUAAUAUUUGAUGUCUGUGAUGUGAAGAGAAUUGUCUUUGGAUAGAGAUACUGACCUUUAAGCACAGAUUUCAGAUAUUACUGCUUUAAAUCAAAUCAGGGAUAACAAGUUGAACUUAUAACUUAAAAUAUGCAAUGACAUUUAGAGGUAACCAGUGGUGGUAUAAGGAACACAGCCUAGCCUUCCCCAAGUUACUUUACAGCUAACUCUAGAUAGUUCAUGCCUUAUCCUUGCUAAAAGAAAAUGGAAUUGAUGGCAAGUAGGUACCAGAGUGCUUUUGAAAACAAUGUAACAUUAGAAUAUAAUUGGCUUCUUCCUCAAACUUAUACAAGCCCAAGUGAAAGAUUAAUUCCCUGAAUUUUAAGAUUACCAACAAAUAGCCAGUAUUACGUUAUAUAUAUUUUUGUCGAGUCACUUUAACAUCCAUAUAUUAAUUUUAUAAAUUUUUUACAUGCUACUAUCAGGAGCUCACUGUGAAUGCAUUAUCUUCAGAUGGUUAAGACAUCAUACACUACACUUUACAUAAAAUGUGCACUAAUCUCUGGGAAGACUGAAUUAAUUAUAAACAAUACAUAGGUCAACAGACUCUAAGCAGGGAGGGGAGAGUAAUAGCAUUCGUUGUGUCUGUAUGCCACACCCCAUAGGGAAUUGUGCUUUGUCUCUGUACCCAAGGUCUCACUGUAUUCCUAAGAUUGCCUAAUUCAGUGUUCACUGUUCUGAUUUCUACAUAUUUGGCCUCUUAAAUUCUUGAUUUAGGUUUGCUUCCACUUGUAAACUAGUCAAGGAUAACCAUAAGAGAAUGUGCAUACAAGGAAAUUGUUAAUCUCCAUAAACAAAUUUCUGGUGAUUGUAAACAUUCAACCUCUUUUUAAAAGUGAUAAAUGAGGGAUAUUGUGGCUGUCUGGCUUAGGAGAGCACUACAGAUAAAAUGUUACCAAGACUGGUUCAUGACAGAAAAUGCUUUGUCUUCAUGCUAGGGAAACUUUUUUUUUUAUAAAUCUUGGGUAUUGUACUUAAAUAUAGCUUAUCAAUUUUAAAACUUGUAUUCUCUUGAGAACUACAUUAACAGAAAGCCUUUUUUAUAAGCAGUAAAGUAAGAAUGUUCCAGUGACUACCUGUUCUUAUACCUAGUCUUGUUAAAACUUUCUUUUGCAGGGCAUUUUAGUGUUUGGUUUACAGUAAGUGCAGAGCGGGCAGAUAAAAAGUUUGAGCUAGGGACACUGAAAAAGGAAGAUCAAAGAAUGAAAACUUUUUUUUUAGGGAGAUGGCAAACUUAGACCCCUGUAACUUUGUGUAUGGUGCUCCUCAUGAUGUCUUGUACUUUGCCUUUCUGAUACCCACCAGAACUGCUGCUCUUACUUACUCUACCUUGCCCAGAUCUCCUGUGAGAAAUGCUUUAUGAUCAACUGCCAUAGGACUGAUGGAUUAACCAGUGUUGAAUUUAUCUGAAGUCUAUCUAUGCCCUGCACAGAUCUUGUAUGUAUUUUAGAUGCUAGGAGUUAUAGCAUGUGAUUUGUGAUUCUUGUUUGGACGUUUUAUUACAGGUACCUUGUGAAUUCCAGAACAGAGACUGUGCCUCAAUGAUUGGUCCCAUGAACUUGCACUAUCUUUUGUGGUGAUAUUCUGAAAAUAUAACCAGGAAAAACAAAAAACAAAAUCCAACACCUUUGAAUUUAAAACUAGAAUCAUGUGUCACAAAAUUAUGAAAACAUUGCUUAUAUCCCCUUUUCUUAUCCUUAGGGUAAUAGUCACGUUUAAGUAAAAUUCAAAUGGUCGGGAACAAACCCUCACCAGAUGGAUGGUAGUUUAGUGGAAUAGACUGAUUACUGUUUUUUAAAAAAAUGCUUCAUCAGCUAUUUUCCAGUUUCUCUUUUUUACUUUUUUGAAAAAUUACUUUUUAGGAACAUUUGGUAUAAUGUGCAUAAAAUUAUUUACAAUUUAUGGACAAAGAUACAAGUAGCAUCUUGAUUAAACAUCAUUUACCUCAGAUAUUCAACCAGCAGUACGUUUUUUAUGCAGUCUCAACCCGUAUCUCCCUAUUUGUUACCUCUCAAAAUAUUGGUAAACAAUUAUUUUAGCUUUACUCUGUAUUUCUUGUCAGUGUUUUGGGCACAGGUUGUUGUACUACUGUCAUAUUGUACUUGCUAUCUUUUUUUUCUGCAAGUAUUUAACAGAAAGCUAAAAACGAAAAAAAUCCCCAUAAAAUCCCACCUUGAAUAAGUGAUUGUUAAAUAUUGUACAAAUAAAAUGUAUGCUAUCCCCAUUCCAUCCCCAUGUUAAAUAAAAAAUGAAUAUGGUAUUUGCA